AUGGCAUCAGAAGUAGCUGGUAAGGAACCACUCUUAGAGAAUGGCACUAAAGUUCUGGAGCGCAGCCCCGAGCGGGACGUGCUGCGCCGUCGCUGCUGGGCGGGCCGGGCUCGGCACGGAGGGAGCGGAGCGCAGUGCCCUGACGGAGCGCGCCACCUUCCGGCCAGCGGCGGUACUGCAUGCUGCGCGAGUAGGGCGCGAGGCAGUCCCCAAAACGAGUCUGCGUUCGCUGCCGUUUCAAAAAGCUGCGAGGUGUUGUCGGAGCCCGAUCCUGCAAAUCAUUUCUCCAGGCAGCCCUCACAUGUGAGGGAUCCCAGGCAUGGUGAAAAGACUGCGGGUGUGACUGGAAUUGCAGUAAGCUGUUUAUAUGGCAGUCAAGCUGGUACUGAACAACCCUGGGCAUGGCUAAAACAUGUAGAGUUCAUUGAAAAAAAGGGAAAUCUUCCACAUGAUCUGCUGAUCCUGAUCCUUGGUUCCUGCAAAGAAAUGCAUCUAUUCCUCCUCAACACCCCUCAGUGUGACAGUAAUGGCAUUCAAGAUCUGAAGUGCCAUAAAUGUACGUCAAUGAAAAACAAACAACCAGAUCAAGAUAAAGGCUUGCAGCACAUCUUUCUCUUUCCCUCCUGUGACAAUUGCCACUUCUUUCAUGGACAAGCUUAAAAGAAAUGGCUUUGCUUGGAUAAAAUUGAUGAGGCCUUUGUGCAGGUGUAUAAGACAGCUUCUGGCUUUUAAAAAAGUGUGAAGCACUGAUGUCUCAAUGAACUGAUCAGAUGAUAAGAAUGCUUAUUUCCUUAGCUCUCUAAUUACUUUUCUCUCUUGAAGAAAGUAUCUAGAAUUGCACGAAGCCUAAGCUUAGUCUGAAAAUCUAACAUCAGUGGAAAUUCACUGAAAUUAUGUUUUUCCCGGAAAAAUCAACCACUGUUACAUUUCAUGAGCCUCAACAGAAUUAGAGUAGUGUUGCAACUCCAGUUUGAGCCAAAUGCUCGUUUCAGCAAUUGUUUUAAAUGUUAUUGUUAAUACAACAUAGAAUUUCUAUGUCUAAACAAAACGAUAGUGGCAGCAUACUAGCUACAUAAAACCAUCAUGAAUUGGGGUCAGAUAGACAUACUUUUUAAUUAUCCCUUUGAAUGAAGAACAUAAUUCAGAGAUAUUACCAUCUACUGUAUUACAAACUACUUACAAUUUCUGCUUACGGCAAUUAUCUUUGUAGUUCAUAAAGUUAAAGGAGUUUUCAAUGCUUCAACCUUCCUACCCUACAUUCUACAGUCAUUGUAGAGGACAUUGUACAGGACAAAAAUCAUUGCUGAAUUAGCACAGAACUAAUUGCAGUUUGUAUUAUAGAAGUUAAACUGAUACUCAGCUUAGGUAUCCUUGAUGAGGUGAGAUAAGGGUUCACUCAGGUGCAGAUACACAAUGCAGUUCAAAAAAAAAGAGAAGCUAAGCUAGUUUCAUAAUUACACCUUUUUGUUGAGACUUCCUCUCAAUGAAAGAAAAGGAUUCCACAAAUGAAGUAUGAUUUACUGUGUUUAUUUACACACACACACCUGUUUACACACAGGCACACACACCUGUCUGUAAACAGUUCUUCCUUUUUUACUUUGGAGCCUUUGCAGGAAACACUGCUAACUCACUCUGCUCCAAGCCUGUACUGGAUAUCGUUACUAUUUGCUAAAACCCUCAGGAGCAGAGAUGGAUUUGGCUUAUGUCUUAGUGCACAGUUCUUGAUUGGCAGUUAUAGGAAUCUCAUAAACUGUGAUGAGAGCCAUGGAAAAGCAUGUUGCAGAAUAAAAAAACAAAAGUAGAAGGAAGGAAUGGAAAUGGAAGAGAAGGCAGAAUGAAAAAUUAGUGAAGAGCAGAUUUAAAAAGUCUCAACAGAUGAAGCAACUCUUGCCUUGUACUACCUGUAAUGUCCAAGUCUGAAAAUGUGUUUGUAUAUAUAAUGACACAUAGAUUUUUAAUGAAUAUUUUCUCAUGUCCUUAUCACUGCAUAAUGUCAUUACCUUCUCAAGCAACCUUCAGAUAUGUAUUUUAUAGUAAUACAAUAUAAAAUACAAGAUUGUGGUGAUUGUCUCUAUGCUCUGUAGUGUUACAGUGUAUAAUUUACCCGGAUCACACAAAGAUUUUUCUGAAAUGAGAAUUUCACUGCUAGUAAAACUCAACAGCUGUGUCACUUUCUUUUUCUUUCCAUGAGACCAAAAAUUGUGACAUACUUAGGAACUGGAGAUUCAACAGUUCAUCACAGGAAAUGGUCAGAAUUUCAGCUCCAGAUUUCUGCUCCUAAGGAGCUCCAGAUUGUCUCAUUCUCAAACAAUUCAAAUUUUACUGGAGUGAAGACUUGGAUACCAGAUAAGCACUUAUGACCAGCCCAUCUGAUAAUAUUACUCUUGUGUUGAAAUUUAGAGAUAAAAGGACAGAAGUGAAGGAAAUGUGGCACAUUUGCUUAUUUUUUUCAUCAUUACACUGUUAUUUUUUCAGUUUCAGGAGAAAGAAAAGGUGAUGGCAUACCAAUGCCCUGCUACAGAUACUUCUAAACUAGGAGAUCUUAAGCAGAAAAAGAAAAUACUUCAGUGGGCAUAAAUAAGAUGCAAUUUUAGCAUAUGGGCAAAGUUUAAUAUGGCAGCCAACACCAAACAAUUGCAUUAAAGUUCUGAUAAGUUGCUUUUCCCCUCAGGAUAAUCCAACAGUUUGGUGUAUUCAAUUAUUUUACAUGAUCCUGUAAAGGCUGAGAGAACUGUGUGGUUUGUUUUACAACUCUUAUUCGUUAUUCUGAAGGCAUAGUUUCUUUACAGAAAUGAGAAUUACUUAUUCCCGGUAAUGUGGUUUGUGUUAAUAGCUUCCAAAGAAAAGGAAGUUUGUGUAAAACAUAGUGUAAAAAAAAUACUGAAACUUUUUGUUUUGUGUUGUUUUUUUUUUUUUAAA